UUGGCGCAAUAUAGCCGUAGUUGCUGAUGCGCCAUAAACCCCCAAUCAAUCAAUCAAUCAAUCAAGCGAGCAGGGUGCUGCUCUCCUUGCCUUGGAUUAUCUAGCCAAUUAUGAAGUCACGAUCGCACCUCACCGCUCCCUAAACAUAGUCCACAGAUUUAUUCCCGAGGAUGAGCGUUUCGACUCCACAGAUAACGCAAUAGUUGAAAGUCUUUGUGCGCAAGGGGUCGUAGCCGCAAUGCGCAUCUCCUUGAGUCGUGACGACGUAACGGCCAGGAGCGCACAACUAAGCUUGCACUGUUAACUUUCAAUCCAUCAAACUUUCCGUGGGAGUAAAGACUGGGUACCCGCACUGCAGGGUGCGGCUUUACAUACCUAACCCUCGAAGGUACUUCGACAGCCAUAGGUUUGGACAUGGCUCACAGAAAUUCCGUGGCAAAGCCACGUGUGCCAAGUGUGGCAAGAGUGACAAUCCAGCAUACUCUUGCUUUAAUGAAAUCCACUGUGUCAACUGUAAUGAUCUGCACCCAGAAUGUUCACGAUCCUGUAAAACAUGAAAAAAAAAAGAUUACGUUGAAAGUAAAGAAAAGCUUCCUUUACUUUCAGGAUGAAGGAAGAAAACUACCCUCUCGGUCCACUAUCAUCAAUUGGGCGACAAGGUUUGCUCAAGACGGGAACGUGACAAACAAAUCUCCGAACCGUGUAGAAACGUCGCCGAAACGAAAAGAGCAGCAAGCCGUUUUUGACGCCGCUUUCGAAUUCGAAACGGAGCCCCACAUCUCGACGGGCGUGCUGCUCGUCAUCUCAGCCUUAGCCGGGACUUCGUGUGGCGGGUACUUCGCCGGCGAAUGUACCCGUUUAAAGCGCAGCUCCUACACGAACUGUAACGAAAGGACUACGCACGAAUGGGGCCCCUCCCCGCUCAGCCACCCACGUGAGAGCCGGGCUUAACAACAAGUUUCCCGGGACAUGGAUGGGGCGCGGCUCUCCUAACAUGCCUUGGCCUCCUCGAUCUCCACACCUCACCCCUUGUGAUUUUUGUCUGGGGGUACGUGAAUCCCCAAGUGUACGCCGGCGAUCGAUAACUAUUGUGAAGCUGAAAGAACACAUCAACGACGCGUUCGAGACCCCCAGUGGUGAAAUGCGGGAGGCCGUCUUCCAGGACACGACAGGGCGCAGGAUGGAUGCGACGGGGAUGCCAGGCGUAAGAUGAAACGUCAAUAUAAACCACAAGGCUUGAAAAACGGAAGCAGCAAUGAGCAUCCCCGAAUGAAAAAAAAAGAAGAGAAAAACAGAUCUCUAACUUGAAUGUAUCCGUAUCGACGUCAUCCUCAUUUUCUGCUUUUUCGUCGACGACCUCAGGGAGCAGGAAAAAUUCAAGGGGAAGUUCCAAGUCGCAGUCCAAGUAUAAACGCUGACUUCACGGGGAACACUUAAUCCAGACUGACGGAUCGCCGAGGAAGUGAAAUAACCUGAACGACUUCCUAAAAUACCAUUACAAAAGGACCUGACCGUACCAGAGCCAGUCUGAUACCGGAGCCCGAAGUUAGCCUAAUAUUCGUCAGAGUUCUACGAAAACAAAAAGCGCCGCCAAGAAAAUUUCUACGUGAAGCUAGAGGAUAUUGCAUCUGCGAAAUGGCAGUUCCGGUCCGGAUUCCCCAGGGCCCCUUAUACCUGGAAAUUGACGGCCAUCGAGUCAACCCAAUGAGCUCAAUACACGUGUUCAGGGCAGCGCUUGAGUACCAACCGAAACCUGAUGAUAAAUUCGUAGUCACCUUUCCAAAGUCUGGAACUACCUGGACGCAACAAAUCGGAUAUCUCAUCUUCCACGAGGGAGCUUCACCGAGCAGCGCGAAGGAUUUCCAUGACUAUAGCCCUUUCAUGGAAGUGAUAGGUGUCAAUGCAUCAGUCGAUAAGGGUCUGGCUAGGUUCAUCAAGACCCACUUUCCCUAUAACCUUGUGCCCAAGAAUCCCCAGACAAAGUACCUCUACGUUUGUAGGAACCCAAAAGAUGUUUGCGUUUCUUUCUACUACCACACUUGCCGUUUCUACUGCUACGAGUUUCUUGAAGGUCAGUUUGCGGACUUCUUCGAGUUAUUCAUGAAUGGCGGCACAGAAUAUGGUGACUACUUUCAGCAUGUGUUGUCCUGGUACGAGCACCGUCACGAUCCAAACGUAAUGUUCAUCAACUAUGAAGAUAUGAAAGCGGAGCCAAAGAACUCUAUUCUGAAGAUCGCGGAGUUCUUGAGUAAGGACCAUUACAAGAUUCUUAUGAAGGACAGUCAUAUGCUCAAAAACGUGAUAGAACGGAGCGGAAUAGAUUACAUGAAAACAACGGCGAAAGAUGUUUUUCAAAACUUGUUCCCAGGUGCGGCCUCUGAUGCACGUACUUCCUUUAUUAGGAAGGGUAUAGUGGGUGACUGGAAGGAGCAUUUUAGCCCCGAAAUGAAUACAAGAAUGGAAGAAAAAAUCCUGGCGAAGCUCGCACAUACAGAUCUCAUCCGGCUCUGGAGGGAGUAUAAUAUCAUGUGAUACUAUACUUUCUUUCAGCUUUAGUCUUGACGCAGCAGUCGCUACGAGCUAACAGAGCAAAUCAUACCGCGUCAAAAGUGAAAUUCACUUGUACUUCUCUUUACAUGACUGGUCCAACAAGGAUAGACACGUACGUAAACAUUAACCCUCCUUGUCUUUGCCUCUACUUUCUUUGCAACAAAAAUAUCUCGUAUUUGUCUUUUUUACAAAAUUUAUCCCUCUAACGUUCUCUAGAAAGGAUUUAUUCUUGAACCACUCAAACGUUUACUCACACAUCGAUCACCGUUUCAAGGUCGGCAUUGCUCAGUGUAACACAUCAGCAUACAAGGAAUCCUUCAUACCAAGAACGUCUUCUGAGUGGAACCACAGUCAAGAAUCUCUAGUAACUAACCAUCACUUGAUUUGUUUAAAGUAGCACUGACUAAUCACUUUUGUUGAUACUCGUUGAUUUGCUUGCAUUUUAGUCAAUGCUUUCUAUGUUGUACUUUUGAGUUAAUUCUUAUAUGUCCCACUGAUAUAAAUAAACAAAGCCAUGAUGAUGCGUUCUUGACACUCGGAUUUUUCCCAUCACCUCGCAGCGUUAGCUGUGUCUGGAGUUGAGGUGAAACUAAGUAUGUAUUGUUACCCCUAAACAGCCUUAUCAAUAUUUUGAAUAUAUUUGUAAAGCAGGUUGCAGAUUGUAUCCAAUAGUGAAAGGCUCAGAUUUGGUGUGUCAAUAAACGAGUUGAUUGUGAUAUGAACGUCUUUAAGUGUUUCACGAAUCAGACUUUAGUCUUUUUUUUUUCGCCAGAAAAUAGUUUUAUUUUUACAUAAUUUUGUUGAAGAUCAAUUUGUGUAACCAUUUCCAACAGUUGCAUGCAAAAUUUAGAACUAGCAGUUGAAAAAAAAAUAUCACAUUUCAAAUUCUGGGUUUUGCCGCCUCUUUAAAAAGAUUCAUUUGGAGCCUUCAAGAGGGGAUUCCCUGCCCGAGACAAAUAACCCCUUGAACUCGACGUUCAAUAGAAAAUGCAAGAAUAUACAUGUCUACAGAUAGGUGCGACCAAAACAC